AUGUCUAAAGUGGAGACCCAGUUUUCAUCGCAGAAGCAACGCAACGUCGCUGAGGGCCGUAAAGCUCAGUUGCGCAAGGAAGCUGAGAAACAGCGCAUAGUCCAGAAAGAGCGAGAACGCGUAGCAUUAAGGAUUUAUUUUAGCACCUCUAACUACAUUCAGAACUACUUGAAAAGUGAAAACUAAGAAACAGACCUCUAUUUUUCACUGAUUACACUCAUUGUUUCCCAGCAGGUACCUCCUACUGCUGGAGGACCAUCUAAAAAUUUUUGCAUUCCCUAUUUAUACUUGAGGGGGACCAUCCUUGGGGGCCUUUUCCUGCUAGGCUCGGCUCAUGGAGUCUAGCAGAAUCACUAUACUAUUUUGACCCUCCGUUACCAUUUAUCAAAAAGCUCUUUCACUUUCAACGUUUUCAAGUACAAAAGUUCGAAAGUGAAAGAGCAGGAUCCACCUUGGCUCUUUUCCUACUAGCUGGAUCUAGUAGAAAAGAAGCCAGACUCUGAGAUGUUCUGAGGACGAAUGUAGAAGUAAUCUCGUAACUCGUACCUCUUCUAAUAGCAGCAGAGGAGGCUAGUAUGGCAGCCCGUGUAAAGAUAGAGAACCAGAAGCUGGAACGUCUGCAGAUGAAUCUUCGUCUAGAACUAGAGCGGCGAAAACAGGACGUCAUACGUGGAGACGACGACCUGAAAAUUACGGCAAGGGCAACACGGAAUCCAUCUUCCCCAACUAGAAGCAUCUUCCUGGUGUGGUUUCUUUUCUAAGGGAACCAACCGGUUUUUAGUUUUUCCCUUGUAGUCGUAGUAAACCUUAGGGGAAGUUUUGUUCCCUUCGUGAAGAAUGUAGUGCUGAUUGUUCCACCUCAGGGAGAAAAAGCAUGAUUCGGAUGCCCCUGAAGUGGAUGAAGAUGGAUUUCUCGUAGUUCUAAGAAAAAGACAAUAGAACGAGCACACAGCUUGCCAGUCGGAAGCUGCUUGAGCGUGUCGUUCUUGCCGUUCUUCUAGAACUACUCAACUACUCGAGCAGGACGUGGAACAAGUAGUCGUGGAGCUUCUAGAUGAAGUAGCAGAUGCUGGUGCUGCAGAGCACUGACAUCGUGGAUGGGACACGUGGUGGAAAAUGCCAGAAACAAGUAGGAUCUUGAAUGCCUCCUGCCUCCUGUGCCCCGCUUGUUCUCUACAACAGGUGACAUCUUGCUGCAAAAAAUUGAUUCCGAUUCACCUCUGUUGCUAGAAUUGAUUCCAUUUGAUUCCAUUACGAUUAUAGCAAAAUUAAAGCGAUCACAUUAGACACGAUUACAUCAGAUACAAAAGAACUCAACUCAUCACGUUCACGACGACUACUCAUCAACUAGUAGACCAAGAGAUAAGACUAAGAUGCAAGAAAAAAAAUGUUGAAGCAUAGUGAACAUGAAGAUUAUGAUGUUAUCAGAUUCCAAAUCCAAUAUGCCGAAUUCGAUUCCUUUUAUUCCAAGUAUGAUUUAUCAACAGAUGUGAGGACAUCAUAUCCUCUAAACAAAAAUCCUGAACAUUCUGAAACUGAAGCACGUGAAAGAACUGAACUGAAACUGAAUUGAAGCGAUCCACAUCGACAUCCUGUAUAGAAGAACUGGUUUGAUCGAUCCUGCUCACGACGAUGUUGAAAUUCCGGGAGACCGAGAAAAAACCGAAAUCUAAUGAACAACUGUUGGUGAGGACCACAUCGAUCCACAUCGAAACUCCUGUGGUAAAAUAUACUGAAUUUGAAUGUUCCACUGCUACUGCUC